CGAGCUCUUCGAGGUGGAGAACCGUGCGAAACCGAGGAAAUUCCAUUCAUAAGCUGCUCUCGGUUCGCUUCGCAGUAGAGUCUCGGCCGGCGCCCAGUGAACAGCAACAGUAAUCAGACAGAAGAGGGAUUCAGUCCGCAUAGAGCACCACCCGAAUCGCCACAGGAAGCAAUCAUCAUUCCAGCCAGCUCAGGAUUCAAUAUUCUGGAGGCCAGCGGAACGCCAAAGCCGAAGCCAAAGCAGCACAGAGCAAAACGGGAACUGUGAUUUGAGUUUUCGAAGGGGGAAGGAAAAACAAGUGUUCUGUGCCAUUAGUGCGGAGUGUGUCUCUGUGUGUACCGUUGGUGAGGUUUUAAGGUGGGGUCCUUCAAGUGGAAAAGCGUGCGCUCAGGAGGAAAGAAAGAACAUUCCUCACCCUCCGCUGCCGUUGCUCUCAUAAUAAUUAUUUACUUCUUCUGAUGGGGAAGUGUUUCGCUCCAAGCUUCGCAUUCGACACUUAAUUUUCCCGAGCGUUGUCUGAGCUGGCGACCGGUGCUGGAGGAAAACCUCCCGGAGUGUGCUUCACAGUGUGAUUUUAUCGGAGAAAUAGUCCUGUGAAGUGAAACUGUAUUCGGAACAUCACGAGUGAAAGUGUUUACGGUAUAUACGACGGGAAAAACAAUGGUACAGUUGCCACAAAGGUUGUCGCAAACCACAACUACACCCCAGGGAGACAUCGUUGUGCGUUUGGUCGAUUUUAAGUCAACAACCGAGAUGACCCGUUGCUAGUUGGUGUUGUGUUUUGAAUCAAGGCCUCACUCCACUCCGAAGACCAUCGAGCUAAACAAUCGUGUGAACUGCAGGAGAUAUCGAAUCAAGAAACAAUACCAAACCAUACAUAUUCAGAGCAAUAGUUGUUUUUCUUGGGUCUUCACAAUCCACCGCAAUGUUUUCGCUCUGCUCGAAACCCGCAUCAACCGCUUCCUCGUCCCAUCGCGUCCAGCAGCACGGCACAUGCAAAGGAUGCAGCUCAUCCAUUGGCAAACAGAUCAAAGGCGGCUAUUUACUACGAUACAAAAAGCACAUCCUGUGGAGUCGAUGGUCGGAAGAAUGGGUGGUCCUGUACGACGACUCGACGAUGGCCUGGUUUACGGAACCAGGCCGAUCGUCACCGGCGGGCAAAAUACUGGUCAAGGAAGCCCCGGAAAUGCUUGCGAUAGCGCACUGGACAGGUCAGAUACCCCGGAGGCCACCACUUCCGGACGGUGUGAGCGUGUCCCAGCUGAUCGCUCUCGGGUCCCGGCGGAAACGCUCCAAGGUGUACUGGAUGAUUGCCAAGAGCGAGGAAGAAGUUAGCGAUUGGAUAGCGGCAAUCACGAAAACGCUUCCACCUCCGCCGCAGAUCGAACUGGUAGUCGAUAAGCCACAUCUAAUGGGCGUCUUGCGGAGACCAAUCGUGCGGAUACGACCGGCAACCAGCUCGGAGGUGUCGGCCCGGCGGAAAAAUCGUUCCAGCAUGGGGAACAACACGACCAAGGUGAACAGUGAGGCCGCCGUCGCAAUCAUCAAGAAAAGCAGUCAGGACAGCUCGGAACCGAAAGGAUCGUUGGCCUGUGCGCUGCCCUGGGGCCACGGCUGGGGCUGGGCAACCCUGCCGAAUGGCAUCUGGAGUGGAGCAUUAACCUGGUCCCAGUGCGAGGACUCGAUUACGUUGCACGCCCUGCCGACAACGCACUGCACCAACGUCAUCGAGACACCAUGUGCCGGCGGAAUCUACCACACCGACAUCAAUCCGUUCGAUUUCCACGGCAUCGAAGACGUCGGUGGGGAGGACUUCGACUAUGCGAUGGAUUGUGGCGAUUUCAUCUUCUAAAUAGGAUACAGCAACAGAAGGUCCUGAACAGAUGACACACAGUUAAUAGACAUUUGGCGGAAUCGAGCUCGAUCGUGAUAAGUGCGACUUUUUUUUAGUUGAUAAAUAAUUCAAUCGAAUCGGAUCAUUACUCGAUAGACACAUAACGCACAGCACGUUCACAAAACAAAACAUUCAUAUGCACGACGGGUACUUCGAGAUAAUUUUUGGAUAUUAAUCGACUGACCGUGGCACCGAUAUUUUUCACUCAAAUCGUAAGAAGAAAAAAACACGUUGGAAUUUAACGCAAGGACACCUGCCAAUGGGUGGGUUCACCGUUGUAUACAAUCCCCAAAAAAAAUCUAUUCUAGGAAAUCCUCAACAAAUAUCCACCGAUAAUCACGUAGAAAAACUUAGGAAACCUUGGUAUAAACACUGAUGAUAAAACCAAAAAAAAAUCCCACGUGCAACAAAACCCGUUCUAAACAUUCGAUGUAAGUAGAGAGGGCCGCGAAGGAAAUGAGUAAAUCUAGUGCAACCAAACCCUCAUUUCAUCUCAUUCACCUCCACGUGUAAUCAGAAAAAACUUCUAGUGCUAAUAGUAAAAAAAGAAAAAAAAACAACCAAAUCGUAAAUAUCGCGCAAAUGUGUUUGAAUCAAGUCUGCAACAAGCAAACAUAAGUUUUUUUCCCCAACGAACAUAAUAGCUUCCAAUAAAAAAAAAACCGAAACCGAAAAACUUAGAACAAAAUAGAGAUAAUCCAUGCAAAAAACGGCGCACAUUUGUGAGUAGAGAUACUCUUAGCUGGAUCAAUGUUUUUUUAUAUAUAUAUAGACUCGUAAAUGUUAUAAUGUGCAUUUUGUGGGUGGAGACAGCCACGGAAAAAAUGUCAUUUGUAGCGUAGCAUUAAUGCCUUGAGUGGUGAUUGUUAGGCUUAAUACAACUGAUAAACACAGUGACAAUGUCGGUAACACAAGUGGGCAAGAGAAGCAACCAUGACAUCUAGUUUUUAGCUGACGAAGAAAUGAUAAAACAAUAUUGCCUUCCCAAAACAAAAGAAAGAGAAAGAUGAAAGUUAGUAAAAUGUUUUUACCAUUUGAAUAAUCAUGUUGAAUAUGAACAAACAGAUAAUUUGGAAAACGGUUCGAACGUUUUUAUGAGAUCGAAAUUAGAGUUUAAUCAAAAAACAGUUAGAUGCGAGUGUUUUUAUUUACCACCUUAGAACGUUUUUCAUAUUUAUUGGUUUUUUCGCGUCUGGCGAAUAGUCCGAACAAAGAGUUUAAACAUUCGUUAAGCACCCUCUCGAAAAAAAAAGUUUAAACCAUCUAGUGAAUAACUCAGUUACGACGACGACGAGCUGAACAUUUAAGAAUCCACUAUGCAAUCAAACAACAAAUUAAAAUGAGGUAAAGCCUAAUUCUACAUUAACACUGAAGAGAGAUGAAAAAGGGAUAAAGAUCUGUAAACAUCGCUCACUGAGCGGACGAUUCGGCGAAAAAAGCACAUUAAAUUAAUCUUAGCGAAUAGCGUGAAACAAUAAACGAAACAAACUAUAGACUGUACCUACCGAUACAAAAAAAAAAACGAUAAAGAUUAGAGGAAAAAUGAAACCCGAUAAUUUAAGCGAGAAGAACUUCUCACUUCGAUUGAUUUGUACUCUUCCACUUUUCAAUUUUCGAUUUUGUAGCUAAGGAAACUAGAAAAAAACAAUCGAUUUAUUGUAAGGGAAAAACAAAUAAUGAAAUCGGGUCAACCAAUUGACCACAUCAGAAGAUAACAAAACCACGAGAUAUCGAGAUAUAUGUACGUUUUAUGAACAACAACAAAAACAACAAACUGAACCAUCACUGCGCGUUGUUUGGGCGCUGUCAGUCAGCCCACGGCUGCUCGCCGUCAACUGCCAAAUCUUUGACAACGGCAGCCGGGGGGCGAUCAAAUUUAGUCGUUAGUCAUCAUUCCUAGAAUAAGGUAAUCAAGAAUAUAUAAAUAUAUUUAAAAAAAAACUACGGGUAGGGCCUAGCAAUCGACCAUAUUUAUAAGUGAAUUCACUUCGCCGACGGAAGCCGAAAAAAGGACCGUGAGGGCAGCUGUCAAAGGCCACGCAUUUUUUCGGCUCCCGGGGCGAUAACGAGAUUUUAUUCCUAUACUCAGAAUUUAAUGUGUAGAGCAAUUGGACAUCCUUUUUCAGUGGCCCCAUAAUUUGAAUGCAACUUCUCACCGGAAGCGAAAACCUUUCUAAAUCGAGUGUGUAAGUUUACUGCAGGUUGGAAGUAGAAAAAAACCCAAAAUAGUGUGUAAACAGAGGUGUUUUAUCAGAGAAAAGGAGCCAUAAUGUUUAUAAUAAAUAUUAUAAUUGAAAAAAAACAAUAGCCUGUCUGGUGGAAGCAAAUUCAACAUAACCAAAUGUUAGCCAACCAUCAAUCAGCUAUAAUAUACAAUAGAAGUAAUUGUUUUAGAAGAUUUAACUAGCUGUUUAAACAAAGAAAAUUAAAAGGGAAAAAUCUAUAUAGACAGAAAUAACGUGAUUGUAGAGCGUGCAGCGGAAUCGCGCCUUUAUUACAACAAAAUCGCGGGACGAUUUUGAAACCAAUCAAUUGAAAAGCAUAUUUUGUUGACGCUCUUACUCUUGUGACAGAGCUAGUGAAAGUUAUUCCUUAACUGUGCCCCCAACAGUGCUGAUGUUUGUUCAGCAACUGAAUUCUCCUGAGUAACGACACAUCCAACCCCUGGCACGAUUUAUUCCACCAUGUCACUUUCUGUCGCUGCUUCAAACUGCUGAGCGGAGAUUUAUAUAUGAGCAGCUUUUCACAAUACAAGGACCUCAAACCUCCCCCAGCAAGAAAUGUCAAUUAAAAUACAAACAAAACCCUCUCAUGUCAUCAGGCCGACUCGUUCCAACGGCACUUCUAUUGAACCAAUUUACCUACAUCUUCCACGACUCACUCACUUACAUAGAAUAUGAUAGCCAAACACACUCCCACCCGUUUAACUGCAACAACAUCAACAGCUACCAACAUAUAUAGGAGAAAAACAACAGAAACCUGAAUGUGUUCAUUUGAUAACAGCGCUAAUGCGAAAUGUAAACAAACCAACUAACAAACAAACAAGAGCACCUCCCAACCAGUUGAUUAGAAAAAAAAAUAAAUUGAUGAAACAAAAAUCAAA